AUGGGAAGUACUAAACUUAUAGUUCCUUUAAAACCAGGAGAAACAAAUAUAAUAUAUUAUGUAAAAAAUGAAGACAUGUUUGAUAUGAUUCAACAAACACACAUUCAAACUGGACACGGAGGACGUACUCGGAUGAUUAAAGAAUUGCAAUGUAAGUACAAAAAUAUUACAUAUGAAAUCGUUAUGCUAUAUUUGAGUUUAUGCAUUCAAUGUCAAACAAAACAAAAAGCACCUAGAAAAGGCAUUGUUGUGAAGCCUUUAAUAAGUUCAGAGUUAAAUUCCCGAUGUCAAAUAGAUCUUGUUGAUAUGCAAACGUGUAAAGAUGGAGAAUACAAAUUUAUUUUGAACUAUCAAGAUCAUUUGACAAAAUUUAUACAACUACGGCCAUUAAAAUCUAAAACCGCAGAAGAAGUUGCCCAUAAUUUGUUACAUAUAUUCUUAACUUUUGGAGCACCAAAUAUUUUACAUUCUGAUAAUGGUAGGGAAUUUGUGAAUAAAAUAAUCACAGAACUGUGUUUAAUGUGGGAUGGUGUAAAAAUAGUUCAUGGCAAACCACGCCAUAGCCAAACACAAGGUUCAAUAGAAAGAGCGAAUCAAGAUAUUCAGAACCUACUAAGAGCAUGGAUGUCCGAUAAUAAUACUAAUAAAUGGGCGGAUGGUCUAUAUUUUGUUCAAUUUACAAAAAAUACAGCAUACCACGAAGGUAUAAAGCAAAGUCCAUAUGAAGCUAUGUUUGGCACAAAACCCAAAAGGGGUCUGUUUUCGUCUUCUCUUCCUCGAGAUAAACUACAUCAACUUGAAUCAGAAGAGCAUUUGGAAAACGUAAUCAAAUAUAUGAAUUGUGAAAAAGGUGAUCGAGAAAGUGAAAAAUCGAGUGAUGACGAACAACACGAAAAUAAUCAGACAGAUUGUGAAAAAGGUGAUCGAGAAAGUGAAAAAUCGUGUGAUGACGAACAACAGGCAAAAAAAAUAUCAAAUAAACCAAUUGACAGAAGAAAAAAAAAUAUAAUUUUGAAUAGAGAAGUGGCUAUCACAAGUCUCCAAGUACAAGCCGUAAAAAUGUUGAGAACUUCAAAACAAAAGUUUCUUCCGGCUAAUAUAGGAGAAACUGUCCGUAUUCGAGUUCCAAAUGUUGAUCGUAGUAAAAUGGAUCCGCAAAAUAUUUUAGCUGUAGUAUUAGAUGUAGUAGAUAAUGAUUAUUAUAAAUUAGCUACCAAAAACGGUGUUAUAAAUCAAUUAUACACUAGAAACCAGUUUUCAGUAUGUAAAGAUAAUUUAAUACCAAUCACUGAUGUACAAAUGGAUCAACAAAUUUCCUUAAGGCAAGCUUCUGCAUCCAAUUCAUCAACCGGUGGGCAAGGGUAUACACGAUGUAAUUGCAAAACAAAGUGCACCACAAAAAAGUGUAGUUGUAGAAAUGUUGGCAUUUUAUGCAAUUCAAAAUGUCAUGAUAGUUUGUCAUGUUGCAAUAAAUAG